CACCCCUUGCCCUCCGUAUAGUUAUCUACCCUGCAGCAGUCAUGAAGUGGUGCCUUGCGCUGGUCGCCGUGAGCCUCUGGGCUGUUGCCGCCGCCCAGACGGGAACGCAGUGUGCCUCUGAAAUCUCUGCCCUGUGCCCUGCGGAGGAUUCGGCAGAUCCAGUGUUCCUGCCCGUGCCUGAAGAUUGCGGGGAGUACUGCGAGUGUUCCAACGGAGAAGCGUGGCUCUUCUUCUGCCCGCCAGGAACACUCUUUGAUGAAAAAUUAAGUUACUGCUUGGUCGCCGACAGUGUGGACUGCGGCUCGCGUCCCAUCCCCUAGUCGUGCAGCUUUGCGUCCUGAACGAGCCGCAGUCCGUUGAGAUUAACAGUAAAAUUGGAGACAGCGAAAACUAUUUGAUGUGCUGAUGUUUCUGAACUCGCGUCAAUAAAGCAGAAGUUUGCCGCC